CUGAGAAGAUAAUAAUUAAACAAGUUUUAAACUUCUUCUGAGAGAUACCUAAGUGCUCACGUCGCGUCGCGUCGUAUAGAGACUUUUUGCAGUCAAAAAAAAAAACAAGUUAUUCAAAACAGCGAUAGUAAGCUUCAUGUUCAUCAUCAUCAGCUAAAUGGAAGCGUCUCUUAAUUUUACAUUAAGUUUGACUAGUUCCAAAUUGGUAUUGGCUUUUAACGGUUGGAUUUAUAUUUGAAGACAACUUUUACGUAUCGUAGGAGCAUUGAACGAAUUAAGACUUUUGUAGUAAAUUAAGAUUUAAAAAUAACUAAAAAUACAAUCAUUCAUUUUUCUACGAGUAAAAUAAGAUUUUUCGUCUAUCGUCUAGUGAGUGUUAUUGUUUCUAAAUUCUGAAGAGAUAAUGAACUUAAAACAACUGAUCUCCGAUUCAAAACAACAUUUAUAAGUUAUGUUACUUUAAACAAAUACAAAACAUCAACAUUUUAACAUGCCAACACGUUUUUGAAAUAAAACAUAUUAAAAGCUCUCUUCAAAAUGAAAAGUAAUGAACACAAAACAUUUCAAGUAACCGAAUCACCAAGUCAAAAUUCAAUACAAAUUCUGCCAUCACAAAAUUCCAGCCAAAUUAAUAAUAAAAUUCGUUACAAAAGUGAUUUGGUUGAAAAUUUUAGUGCUCCAGAUGGGGGAUGGGGUUGGUUAGUUGUUAUUGCAGCUGCAAUGAGUAUUUUGGUUACAUUUACUGUAUUAGAACAAUUAGAAACAUUGUUCAAACAAAAAUUCUUGACAAAUGGAAUAAGCAGCCAUCAAAUGACAAUAAUUGUUUAUUUACAACAUGUAGCAACAAUAUCUACAGCUCUGUUCAAUGGAGAAGUUUUCCGGAGAUUCCCGCUACGUAAGAUUAGUUUAGCUGGAGCAAUUUUUACUUCCGUUGGAUUAGCACUGAGUGUAUUUUUUAACAACUUUAUAUUACACCUUCUAUCACUCUCAAUUAUGUGUGGAAUAGGUAGAAGUCUAAUCUUUUCUUCAUCAUACAUCGCUGUCAAUGUAUAUUUCAAAGAAAAACGACUAUCGGCCUUCGCCUGCAUGUAUUCAAUAGUUGGUUUAGGAUCGAUUCUUCUGCCACAAUUGACAACAUUCUUGAUUGGUCAAUACGGAUUUGCCUGGACAGUAUUAUUUUAUUCUGGGCUAUCUCUCCAAAAUUUCACAUCCUCACUUCUCUAUCAACCUGUCAAAUGGCAUUUGAAGGAGCAACGAGACAUUGAAAUGGUUGAAAUUCAACCGUUAAAUUAUGUUUUCGGUUCACGUCACAUAGAAAAACUAAGUGCCUUAGAGAAUUCAUCAAGUUCAAAUAAUAAUUUAAGGAGUUUGCAUAGUUUUCCAACAAAUUCCGUUUAUCCACUAAAAGUGCCAAAAAAUUCGUUCGCAUCAUUUGAACCUUUUCGAGUGACAAGAUCAAUUCCGAAAAUUAUUUUACCCGAUGAAACGGAAUACUUCGAAAGUCCUCAAGAAUUUGAAGAAGAUUUUACCACAAAAGUUGAACAGCAAAAACUUACAAUAUUUCAGAAGAUAUUAAAAUUCCUGGACUUGGAUCUUUUAAAGGAUUUUUCGUACGUCAAUCUUGCUCUAGGUUUGACUCUUAUUCAAUUUGUCGAGACUAACUUCACUCUAAUGACGCCAUUUAUUUUAAAUGACUUUGACUUCAAUGAGAGUCAGAUAAAACGUUCAAUGAACUCCAUGGCAAUUUGUGAUUUAAUUAUGAGGAUAUUAAUUCCAAUUGUCAUAAGGAAAUUACUGAGAUGCAGUAAUGAAAUUGUGCUGUUAUGUGCCCUCAUAGGAUUGGGCAUUGGAAGGACAAUAUUGGUGUUUAAUAGAAGUUUUAAUGUGGUGAUUAUAUGCUUCGGGUGGAUGGGUUUAUGUUCAGCUAUAAGAGUUGUCUUCUGGAUGUUGAUACUUCCCAACUAUAUGACAUUAGAGAGACUUCCAGCAGCUAUUGGACUGCAACAAGUUGCAAUGGGCAUAUCUUCGCUGAUUUUUGAACAAUUUAAGGGCUUGCUAAAAGAUUCUUCAAACUUUAACUUAGUUAUACUUUGUAUGAAUGCAGCUUAUAUAUUUGUUGGCGUUGCAUGGUUGGGACAGAAUCUUAUGAAAUUAAAAAGAAAAUUUACGAUACCACCUUUAAAAUAAUAAAAGGAUCACAUUUUAUUGAAUUCUUCAUAUUUACUACCUUGCAUAUGUACAAAAGCUUCCAAAAUUAAAUACAAAGGCUUUUCAAAAUCAUUGUAACUUAAGUUAGAAAUAGAGGCACAUU